UUACGUCAGACGCGCUCAGUCUAAGCGAAUAGUGUACACGUGUACAACUAGGGUAAACAUACGGUUUAUUCGUACAUGUGUUCGUUUGACAGUUUGAUAUAAAGACCAAUUUCAUUUUCAAUAGGCUUUGCGGGUUCAUGCCAGACGCUGUAGGAGUCGGGUGACCGCUUCCGCAAUUCACAAUUACAACUAUGAACGGGGAUGAAGAAGACGUUUUCCCUGUUGAUGACGAUUUAUUUGAAGAAACAUUCUCUGCAGAUUGUGUCUAUAAAUUCUGUGGUGAGGAGUUUAAGAUUAAUCAGGCAUUCAGCGCCAACCUAGGAGUGGCUGCGCGAGUUUGGGAUUCUGCUCUCCAUUUAUGUCGGUUCUUUGAAGAGAAGUGUGUUCCUUUGAAAGGAAAGAAGAUAAUCGAGUUAGGAGCUGGAACUGGGAUUGUGGGAAUCUUGGCUGCACGGUUAGGAGCUGAUGUUACAAUCACAGAUUUGCCACUUGCCGUCCCACAACUGCAGAAAAAUGUGUCUGCCAACACACCUCCAGGGGGCUGGUGCUCUGCAGAACCCGCUGUUGUCCCUCUCUCCUGGGGUCAGGAUCAGGAGAACUUCCCCUCUGACUGGGAUCUGGUGCUCGGAGCAGAUAUUGUCUACCUGUCUGACACUUAUCCACUUCUCGUAGAGACUCUCACUCACCUGUGUAAGGAUGGAGCUGUGGCCUACCUGUCAUCCAAGAUGCGCAUGGAGCAUGGAACUCCUUGUUUCUAUGAUGGCAACCUGCCACAGAAAUUCCAUGUUGAGUUGGUGCAGCGUGACCAAGAGCAGAACAUCAGUAUUUAUCGGGCAACAGUGAGGAGAGACGUCUGAUAGUCGGCUGGCCUCAGGGUUCAAAGGACUCCUCCAUUUUAAGGUUAUAACAAGAUGGGCAGCAACGUAAGAUCCAUCACAAGAAACAUUCCCUCAAACUUUUACUGACUUUAUAAUAAAAAAGUCAUUUUAGAGCAUACUUUUACACAGUGGAAUUGUUAAUUAGGACUUUAUCCAGUUGAUUCUUUUUUAAUUGUAGAGCUUCAUACAGACAUGCACAUACAACUGGAGUGAAUAUAUUGAAUUCAUUGUUUUCAUGUUGAAUCAUUCAAUAUAAAAAUACUAAAUUGAGGUAAAUGAGCUGCACAGACAUCUAUGUUGGAUUCAAAUAAGAAACAGAAACCCUAAGAAUAAGAAACCCUUGUUUUUACAUUAGGUGAAGUUAUCACUCGAAAAAAUCUGGUCUGUAAGAUUUACAAUUCAAAUCUUAGUUUGUGAUUGGUGAAGGUAUUGUGCCUCAGGAUUUUCCAAUGUAUCACUAAUUGUCUUAAAAAAAGUGCAAUGUGACAUGAAUAAACAGUAUGGCUGGUGG